AACAAUAAUAUAAUUAUCAGAAUUAUACUUUGAUACAUUGCUUUCAUCUUUGCUGUAUGUAAAAAUGCACAUGCUAAAGCGAUAUCUCUCUUCAGCUCUGCUUUGUAACUUAGCUGAGCGAUUUGGCAUCUGGGCCUUUCACAACUACAUCCUGCCGUGUCGUCUCAUAUCCUACACCCUACUGCCGUACACUCUGCCUGCUUCAGCUGUCAUCUCAUUCAUCUAUGGAUUUUUGUUUUGGGUGAAGAAAAUUCCCCACCAGGCUCUGAAUGCAGGCAGGGAAUUCAAACAGGAAGUGAUGGCACAUCCUCGGUUAGUCUUUACACACUUGAGGGGACUUUUGCCAAACAGAUUCCUGCUUUUGCAAAUUCCAACUUUGCACUCCAUGCUUGCUCUGUUUCUUGCACCCUGGUCCUGUUUCCCAUCUCUUCCUUUUACUUUCCUUCCUCAGUCCUUUGCUCCUUUGGUUCCUUUACUUUCUCUUGCUUUGCGUUUUCUGCCACGGUGUCUCUCCACUUCAACCUCAAAGAAACAGCCUGAGCGCAGGAUCCAGACUCAGCCUCUCUGGUCUAGACGACGAUCUCUCCUCUGCUUCCAGUUCACCGGAUCCGGCGGUUUUACCAAAAAGACAGCUGACAUCCUUACAGAUGCAGAGCCACUAUCUUCAGCCUUCUUCCUUCAGCUCAACAUAGAGUUAGAAAUGGACAGCCAUCGUGAACCACUACAGCUUCAGAAGGACAGGCUUGAUUGUGAGGGAAGUCUAUUACUAAACACAGAAGUAGACGAGAAUCUCUCUUCUCCUUUUAUUUCUGACAUGGAUGUACAAGAGGAAGAUUAAAUGACUGUGUGUGUUAUAUUGCAAACAAAAGUCUCUACUGCAGAAUAGUUGAAUAUGCGGUGAAUACUCUGAAUAUGCCAAUGUAUUUAUAUCAGUGCUGUUAUUAUAAUUAAUUGGAAAAUUUUUGAUAAACCUAACAAGAAUAAAAAUGAAAAUGUUGCUUUGCAA